GAUUUCUUACCCAAACAAAACAAUCUUCGAAAUCCAAUCUUAGCCAAUCAUCUUCCACCAAAUUUCGCAUAAAAAAUAAAAUUGCAGUGGAUCUAUGUUUCUUCUUGACAAACAGUUCAUCUCUCUCUCUCUCCCUUCACCAUGCCUUCUUCAACUGCAACUGCUUUUCAUUCUUCUUUCUGCUUUUCUUCUCAUAAACUUUCUUCUUCUUCCUCAAGUUCCCAUCAACCAAACACUUUCUUAUCAGCCAAACCCAAAACCCUUUUCCAUAAGCAUCCUCUCUAUACACCACUUCAUUCCACUCUCUCUUCUCAAAUUAAAGAGAAAAUCCUCUGCCUUGAAAUCAUGGGUGUUGAUGCUGGCAAAGCUCUUUCUCAGAAUCCUUCUCUUCAUUCUGUUACUCUUGAAUCCAUUCAUUCUGUCAUCUCCUUUCUCCAAUCUAAAGGCAUUCACCAAAAGGACUUUGCCAAAAUCUUUGGAAUGUGUCCCAAAAUCCUCACCUCAGAUGUUAAAACUGACCUAAUCCCAGUUUUCAACUUCCUUUCUGAAGACCUUAAAAUCCCAGAUCAGAACUUUAGAAGGGCUAUCAACAAGUGCCCAAGAUUGCUUGCUUCAAGUCCCAAAGACCAGCUCAAGCCAGCUUUGUUUUACCUUCAGAGACUUGGGUUGAAGGAUUUGGAAGCUUUGGCUUACCGUGAUUCUGUUUUGUUGGUUUCAAGUGUGGAAAAGACCUUGAUUCCCAAACUCAAGUAUUUGGAGAGUUUGGGAUUGUCAAGAAGUGAAACUGUGGGGAUGGUUUUAAGGUGUCCAGCAUUGCUCACUUUCAGCAUUGAAAACAACUUCAAGCCAAAGUUUGAAUACUUCUCUGUGGAGAUGCAUAGAAAACUGGAGGAGCUCAAGGAUUUUCCUCAGUAUUUUGCCUUUAGCUUGGAAAAGAGGAUAAAGCCAAGGUAUGUGGAGACAGUUCGGAGUGGAAAAAAAGUGCCUUUGCCACUUAUGCUCAAGACCACCGAUGAUGAGUUUAGACAGCUGUUAACACAAGGGGAUGGUUGAAUCUCUCUCUUCUUUGAAGCUUAGAAAGGGAGGCUGGUUUUUACUGCUCUUUCCCCAUCAUUUUUUCUCUGUAAAUUACAUGACUUAAAAAAAGCUACAUGGUAGUUAUUCACCAUGAUCUGGAUGUCUCUGAUCUGGAUUUAAUACUCCUAAUUCUCCAUACUUUACACUUUUGGAUAUAAAUAAAGCCAUGAACUUCUUCAACUUGCCAAACAGAUGUUAAAAAUUGAUUGCUUUGAUGCAAUUUCUAUCAA